AUGGUAUCUGGAGACAGUGUGACUCCUGACAAGGUGGAGUACACCCCCAUUGAGGGAUCAUCAGUGUCUCUGAGCUUUGCAGAUGAUAGCCUUGCCCUCAAGAAGAAAGUCACCAUUGAGGAUGUCUUCGGAGGAGAUCUUCACGUGCACGACCCCGACGCUACAUGGCUCAGUGACAAUGUACUGCUGUAUCGAACACGAGAAGGGGACGUGGUCAAACUCAACAUCGAAACACAGGAGAGGGUAAUUUUGGUGGAGAACAGGAAGUUUGAAAUGUUCAAAGCCACCAAGUACCACAUAUCUCCAGACCUGGAACAUGUGUUGUUGGCCUACAACGUGGCCCCAGUCUACCAGCACUCCUACAUGGCCUUCUACAUCAUCUGUAGUCUCAUCACCCCGGAGACAUGGAGUCUGAAUCCUCCUGAGGUACGGAACGCCCCGCUGCAGUAUGCUGGAUGGGGACCUAAGGGCCAACAGCUGAUCUUUAUCUUUGAGAACAACAUCUACUACAGAGCAACGGUGGAGAGCAGGACCAUUCGCCUGGUGUCCACAGGGAAGGAGGGAGUCAUCUUCAACGGCCUGAGUGACUGGCUGUAUGAGGAGGAGAUCCUUCAGACCCACAUAGCCCAUUGGUGGUCUCCAGAUGGUCUCAGACUGGCCUACGCCACCAUCAACGACACCCUGGUGCCCAAGAUGGAGGUCCCUAUUUUCACUGGCGCCCCGUAUCCAAUUGGGCUGGAGUACCAUUACCCCAAGGCUGGGGAGGAGAACCCUGUAGUACACCUGUCUGUGGUGAGUUUGAACGGCCCCCUUCACACGGUGGAGAUGAAGAAACCAGACGACCCCAGGAUAGGAAUGGAAUAUUACAUCACAAUGGUUAUGUGGGCCACCACCACCAAGCUGGCAGUCAAUUGGCUGAACAGAGCCCAGAACAACUCCAUAUUGACACUGUGUGAGGCCACCACAGGAAUCUGCACUAAGAAACAUGAGGAUGAAAGUGAUAGCUGGCUACACAAACAGAACGAAGCGCCACUCUUCUCCCAUGAUGGAUACAAGUUCUUCUUUACCAGAGCUAUACCUCAGGGUGGGAGGGGCAAGUUCUUCCAUAUCUCCAUGUCAACCUCCCAGCCCAACACCAGCACAGACACUCUGCAGUCCCUGACAUCAGGAGACUGGGACGUUACUCAGAUACUAGCCUACAGCCAGGACAAGCAGCUCAUAUACUUUUUGAGCACAGAGGAUGAUCCAAAACGACGACACCUCUACAGUGCGGACACUACAGGCCCGUUUAACCGCCGCUGUCUGUCAUGUGAGUUCAAGUGUGGCUAUGUGGACGGCUCCUUCAGCCACAACAUGCAGUACUUCCUGCUCAACUGUAAAGGCCCCGAUGUACCCAGUGUUGCCAUCUACAGCACAAAAGACAGACAGAAGGUCCUGGACCUGGAGACUAACGAGGGAGUGAAUAACACGUACCACAGCAUGCAGAUGCCCAAAGUGGAGUACGAGACCAUCACCAUAGACGAUUACACUCUGACGAUGCAGAUUCUGAAGCCAGCUGGUUUCAUAGACACAGCUCACUACCCCCUCCUGCUACUAGUGGACGGAACACCUGGUGGACAGAUGGUGACAGAGCAGUUCCGUGUGGACUGGGCCACGGUGCUGGUGAGCAGUUAUAGCACCAUUGUGAUCCGCUUUGACGGCCACGGGUCCGGGUUCCAGGGCACCAACCUCCUCCACCGCAUCAGGAGGAAACUGGGCGUGAUCGAGGAGAGGGACCAGAUGGAGGCCCUCAGACUGAUAUCGAAAGAAAUGUACAUCGACAAAAGUCGAAUUGGAGUAUAUGGAAAGGUUUAUGGAGGAUAUUUAGCCACCCUGCUUUUAAGUUCUGAAGACUCCCUGCUUAAAUGUGGAGCAGCCGUCUCGCCCAUCACAGAUUUCAAGUUGUAUGCUUCAGCAUUUUCAGAGAGAUACCUUGGAUCACCAAAGACAGACUCUCGAGUAUACUCGGUGGCAAGUUUAGCACACCGGGCAGCUCACCUAAUGGACAGGAAGUACAUGAUCAUCCAUCCAACUGCUGAUGAGAAAGUCCAUUUCCAGCACUCUGCAAAAUUCAUCAACCAUUUAAUCAAUGAGAAGGCAAAUUACUCUCUACAGAUCUACCCAGAUGAGGGACACUUCCUGCAUAGCGAUGGCACACGGCAACACCUGAGCCAAUCACUAGUUAACUUCUUUGAGGAGUGUUUCCGACUGCCGGACUUACCAAGCGAGGACAAGAAGGACAAGGAGGAUGAGGGAGAUGUUUAAACCAGCUGACACGUGGUUAACACUCCAGCUACCACAGCACAAUAUGCAACAAAUCCUUCUCAACUCAUUACCCUCACCCCUAGCCUGGCCCAGAUCUGUUUGUGCUGUCUUGCCAACUCUGAUGGUCAGCUGUGACAAUGCUCAUUUAGAGUUGGCAUUGGCAAGCCAGAUCUAGGAGCAGGCCAACCUACUCCACCCUCUGUAUAAUUUGGGCUCCUCUUUAGAGCACAGUACCUGCAUGUACCAAGGACCUCACACCUCGCUCUUCAUCUUUAUUCUUCAUCACUUUUGGUUGGGUGACAACUGGACUGGCUAGCAAGACAUCUCCAUCAUGGAUGUUGACUUUGGUAAAUAAAAUAAAAAUGUCUUAGUAGUGAACAAGUUAUUUUUUGGGGACCAAUAAUCUUGUCACUGAAGAACCCUCUAGUAACCCCCCUUGUGGACAGCUAAAGUAGUGAACCACCACUCCAACCGGCAUCUAUUGAGGGAUGCAUUUCCUCUCCCACCACACACACAAGUAAAUAUAUAGUGGGCAUUUUCAUUGCAGUAAACAUGGAAGAGCUACCUGUUGUUGACUCCACCAUCCACCAGAGUUUGUGUCCAUGAUUCUGAUGUUAAAACAGCAGCACACAGAACAACUUAUUUCUCUUAAUUGCUGUUGGUAAUGUUCAAUAUGUCUUUCAGUAAGUAAUGUGGCUUUGAGUUAAUGUAUGGUGGUCACAUCGGCCCAUGAUUUCCUUUCCAAAUGAGUGAGGGUACAAAGUUAAAGUAAUACAUUUUUUCACUCCUGUCAUUUGGAGAGGCGCUCUAGUGUUAUGGAAGGGCACAAUUCAAUCCGUAGCGCUGAAGAUCUGUGCUAAAGUGCAACUUCUGAAUGUGGGAACAUUGCUUUAAAAUGACUAUCGCGCUGUAGUGCAGGUUCUUCAGUGCUACUGAUUGAGUCGAGUGCUUAGUCACUGUGCCUUACUACUGGGGGUAGACAUAUUCAUGUCAAGGACUGUAACAUUUCAUUUUUCAUCUAAGAAAGAUUUGGACAUUGGACAUAAUUUACUUGAGUUGAAUCAUUGCUCAGACCAGUCCAUAAGGUUGAAAAUGUAAUGCGAUUUUAUAACUCCCAUUAUAAAAGUGUACUAUUAUUCUUGUAUAAUAGACACAAACCUGACAGUUCUGGCUGUUGUAACUACAUCAAAAGGAUCAUGAGGCAUAUUCAGUGUAGGUUUUAGAGAGUUAAUGUUUGGUUCUCUGUCAGCUCAUUUAAAUGAAGUGUUCAGUGGCUUGACCGUCUGUCCCCAUGACCUCACUUCUGUUGUCAGCUGUUUUACAAAAUGUUGAAAAGUCUAACUAGAACUGUGUGUGUGUGACUUGUACAUAAAGCA